CAAAACCGGGGUAAAUUUGUGAUUACUAUAGGUUUUUUGGUUUUAUUUGUGGUAAAACCAUGGUUAAUAUUCGUAAGGGAUAGUGCUCAUUGUUGUUGACUUGUGACUCGUGAGUCUUAAAAUGAAAGAAACGUUCCGUUAUGGAAAUGAUUUUCCUUUCAGCAGGAAGAACGCCGUUAGCUGCAUUCCCAGUCUCUGUUCAUCAACAUCUGUCUGCAUGUCUCCUGCCGCGCACGUUAAGUCUCGUUAGCCAUCAUAUACCGGCUCAGACACCCAGCUUCCCUGUUCCAGAUGACAAAGUAGAUUGGGACACAGACUGGCCCCAGUAUAGCCCUGUUAACUAUGCCGCCCCCACUGCGCUGAAAAAGCCUGUUUGGGCUGACCCAGAGAUUGGUGCAUUUUCCCCACAGUUCAAUUCUUUGGAUGGAUCUGUGGACAGGGGAAGCCACGAGGGCUCAUAUCGUAUUCAGAAUGGCAAACCACUUAAUCCACAUGGAAGAACUGGGCUAGAGGGCCGAGGAUUACUGGGAAGGUGGGGUCCAAACCACGCCGCUGAUCCAAUAGUUACCAGUUUCCUGUGGUCUCAUACAUGUGGAAAAGGGACUCUACAAGACAGCGUGUCCACCACACUAACUCUCAACUCCCUGUGCUGCAAUUUGUGUCCAUCAAGAGGUUGGACUGUGGCGAAUGGGCCAUCCCAGGGGGAAUGGUGGACCCUGGAGAGCGCAUUUCUCAAACAUUGCAGCGCGAGUUCUCAGAAGAGGCAUUGAACUCUCUGCAAGCAUCUCCAAGUGAGAGGGAAAAGAUCCAAAAGCGAAUCACUGAGCUUUUCGACUCAGCAGGUCUUCAGGUGUAUAAAGGUUAUGUAGAUGAUCCAAGAAACACGGAUAAUGCUUGGAUGGAGACAGUUGCAGUCAAUUUCCAUGAUGAAUCAGGCAAUAGUGUGAGUGAGCUUCCAUUGCAAGCAGGCGACGACGCAGGUCAAGUGAGCUAGAUUGAUGUCGACUCCUCCCUGGUCCUUUAUGCGAAUCACUUGCAUUUCCUAGAAACUGUUGCUAAGGAAAGAAAUGCCCACUGGUAACAGAAAAUAGUAAAAAGUGCUUUCUUCUUUAACAAAUGAAGGAAAUCUUUUUAUGAGUCUAAUUUGAAUGACGCAUAAAAAGAUUUGUAGCUUAGAUACAUCAUUCAGACAGAAACUAGGGAAAUCCGGCACAUAUUAAUAUGAAGUGUGUUGGCGGUUGGCACAUACUAAUAUGAAGUGUGCACUGUUUGCCACAACACUGCUAAAAAUUGCAUUCCAAUAAACCAAAUGUUAACCUCAAUCUAUAUGCUUUUUAAAUAAUGCAUGGCUACUAGAAAUGGAGGCAUACAGAUUAAGUUUUCCUGUUACAAUGAACUGACCACUACUGCUCGAUUAAGAACUUAUCUAUGACUCUUUCGGUAAUAACCAAAAGAAAAAAAAUAUCUUAUACACUUAUUCUGUGUGUUGUAGUCUGUUGUGCUACAUUUCAAUAUUUUGAGGAAAAUGAUUUGGCGUAAAAGUAUUUGAUACCGUGAUUUGAUUUCUUUUAUUUUGACAUACUCAAAAAGCAACUAGAGCAAGAAAUAUGAGAAAGUGUCAAUAUGUUUAGUCUGCUCAGUCUGAACAUCAUGGACAUUAUGAAUUUUCUCAAAGCCGGUUUCUUUUAUACUUGUUCAAGGAAAUCUCCAGGUUAAAAACAAGUCAAUUGGCCCUCAUUUUCUUAAUGAAAUAAAUGAAGGUUACAGUGAGGCACUUGAGUCAAAUAAGUACUUGCGUUGGUGUUUGCAACAGAUUUGAUCAUGUCAACAUUAAAGCUUAAGAGUGACACAAG